AUGCCUAGAAGCAUCCAGCAGUUGGUGCAGGAAGGGAAGCAAGUGGCUGAGGACUGGGAAGAGGGGUUAUAUCUGUUCGAAUUUUUUGAAUUUCAGUGUAUGUGUGUCUGGGUCUGUGUCCUGUGUCUGUGUGUUUGUGGAUUUACCGGUCUGGAGGGAGGAGAAGCUGACCCCUGGAGCCAAAUGCCACUGAAGACUGGGGGGAAGGGAGGAAUGAGGCAAGGUGAGGAGGGAGGAGAAAGGCCCAGGUGUGAACUCUUAUUUAUUCCUCUGGAAUCUGGGCAGGCCCUCUUCACCCGGGGCUGCUGGGGGCUUCCAGGUUCUAUUACGGGUUUUGCUGAGCUUCGAUUUUAG